AUGUCUGUCCAUGCGAAUGGAAAGACUCCUCCCCAGGGGUUUAGUCGGUCUCCGUUUCGUACACGCAGCGACUUCCAGGACGCAUGUCGAGCGCUGCUCGAUCCGCUCAUCCCGCGCUUCACACCCGGCUGCAGUCGAGUGAAGAUCGGCUCGUCGACCACCCGGUUCGAUGAAGGUGGCGCUCAGAUCGAGGGCUUUGCACGUCCCCUCUGGGCCCUGGGCUCCUUGCUGGGAGGAGGCUAUGACUAUGCAGAGGCAGCUCGUUGGCGUGAGGGCUUCAUCAGCGGGACCGAUCCCAACAGUCCGGAGUACUGGGGCGACAUUGAGGAUUUGGACCAGCGCAUGGUGGAGAUGUGUCCUAUCGGAUUUACGUUGGCGGUUGCUCCUCACGUCUUCUGGGAUCCGUUGACGGAUGAGCAGAAGGAGAAUAUUGCAAACUGGCUGGCGCAGAUCAAUGCGCGUGAGAUGCCAAACACCAAUUGGCUGUGGUUCCGGGUUUUUGCCAACCUAGGUCUGCGGAGGAAUAAUGCUCCUUACUCGCUUGCUCGUAUCGAGGCAGAUAUGGAUCAUCUGGAUACAUUCCACGUCGGCGGAGGCUGGAGUAAUGAUGGGCCCAAGAGUCAUCACCAGAUGGAUUACUACUCGGGCUCCUUUGCCAUCCAAUUUCUACAACUGCUGUAUGCCAAAUUGGCUGGUGAUUUUGACCAGCCCCGCGCUGCGAGAUACCGUGAGCGUGCGAAGCAAUAUGCUCAAGACUUUGCCCACUAUUUCAGUCCAAAUGGCAGUGCUAUUCCAUUUGGGCGCUCGAUGACGUACCGUUUUGCCAUGGUCGGAUUCUGGGGUGCACUGGCUUUUGCAGACGUUGAGCUGCCUGCUCCGCUGACCUGGGGAGUGGUCAAAGGUAUCUUGCUCCGCCAUUUCCGUUGGUGGGCUACCCAGGAAGACAUCUUCAACAGUGACGGGACGUUGAACUUGGGAUACUCCUACGCAAACAUGUACCUGACAGAGAACUACAACUCCCCCGGAUCUCCUUAUUGGUGCUGUCUAUCAUUUGUUCCUCUGGCGUUGCCGGAAUCGCACCCCUUCUGGGCAGCGGAGGAGGAACCCUACCCGACUGCCUCCCUUCCGGCCGUCGCAGCCCUUGAAUACCCCAAGCACAUUAUGGUUCAUCGCGGUGGACACUGGUUCCUGCUGUCGUCCGGUCAGGCCUGUCAUUACCCCCUGAAAGCUACCCAGGCCAAAUAUGGCAAAUUUGCCUACAGCGCCUCGUUUGGAUAUUCCGUUCCCACUGGCUCCUAUCAGUUAGAACAGCACGCGCCAGAUAGUAUGCUUGCUCUUUCUGACGAUGGGGGCGAUAUCUGGCAGACACGGAGAUUGGCACUAAAUGCCCGGUUUGAAUGGCUUGAUGAUGUUCCCAUGCUCGUCUCCGGCUGGAAGCCGUGGAAGGACGUUGACGUCGAAACGUGGCUCAUACCCCCAAUCGAGUCCGACAACUGGCACCUCCGCAUUCACCGGGUGAGGACGGAGCGCGAACUCUUGGUGAACGAAGGGGCAUUUGCAGUCUACGGCUGCCGCAGCGACAACGGCCGUAUUCUCGGCCCGUUCACUCCAAGUUCAACCGAAGGGACCUUGCAGGAAUCGCGGCGUGCGCUCACCGUCUCGUCCGUCGGCGCCGUAGGCAUCGUGGAGCUCCAGUCAAAUGUGGAUCGAGAAGGCCGGGUAGUACUGGCAGAUCCCAACUCGAAUCUGAUCUACGGUCGUACUCUGCUCCCUUCGCUAGGAUCGAAGCUCAGCCCCGGGAGCGAGACUUGGUUCGCGACGGCUGUGUUCGCCUUGCCAGCUGAAGGAAACGGCGACGACUGGCAGGAGAAAUGGCGCGAGAGAUGGGAACGGGUCCCAGACAUUCCGAACAAACUGAAGCAGAUCAUGGCGAAGCAGGACUGA